AUGAAAGAGCUUAAUGAUACAGAUUUUGAGAAACUAACAGCAGAUAAUAACUUAGAUAAUGUUUUUGACACUGAUAUAUUCAGUGAUAUUGAAGAUGAUCUUAAACUUUUUGUUGGUUACAGAAUACAGAUUGGUGGUGGCAGGAGAGUAGAUGCAAUGACCCAGGAAAUACUAAAGCGAACUUAUUUGUGCCACUAUAGUGGAAACCAGAGACAAACAGGCCCUCUUGUCGAGUAG